AUGUAUUACUCAAAAGCACCAUUCUAUAUAGAUAAGCUUUCUGUUCAGUAUUCACGCAGUAGUGGUCCUGGAGGCCAAAAUGUUAACAAAGUGAAUACAAAAGUAGAUAUUCGAUUUACAGUGUAUGAUAUGGAAUGGGUACCACAACCUGUAGUUCAGCGAAUUCUUGAGCAAAAUCAAGGUAGAAUGAACAAGAAGGGAGAACUGGUGGUUACAUCAGAUCGAUUCAGAACACAGCAUAUGAACUAUAAUGAUUGCAUUGACAAGAUAUACGAUCUGAUUGCUGCUGCCUCGCAAGUAUCUGAUGGACCAUCUACUAGCACUCUUCGUCGCGUUGAUCAUUUGUAA